GAAGAUGGCGUCCAACCAAAGGGCGUUUGCACAUAAACUGUCCAAGACGCACGCUGCGGAUGUGCGUCGAAAUGUUGCGAAAGGAGGACUGGUUUCGCCAUCAUCCACAUCGAGUUGGGCAAGUGACUUGAUAGAUCCAAUUGAAUUUGAGGAUUUCCUCUCACAAUACCAAUUGCUUGUGGAUAGAGAUCCGCUAAGAUCAAUAUUGGAUAUCCCACCUGGCGAUGUCAACAUUGAUGUUAUCCAAAGACCUAUAAGGACAUUGAAACCAAUAGUUCCAGAAGAGCCAAUAGACAAUCUGUCGCCUCACGUGCAAGCCUGUGUAAGAUGUUACACGUCCGAUUGGCAGGUGAUCAGGUAUCAGCAUAGAAAUCUGAGCAGCAGCGUUGGAAACCGAGCAAGUAUAGCGAGACCUAACCAGUCCAGUCCCAGACAGGAGUUUGAGACUGAUUUUCAAGGGGCACCAUCGGAAACAUGCAGCGAAUACGAUAUACUCUCGCCGACGAACAGCAGCAGACACAGUGUCAUCUCGCUGUCUUCUCUUUCGUCGUGCGGAGAUACAUUGACUCCAAGAAAUUCCUGGGCUUCGUUGGAUUUGAGGCAAUUUGCGGGCGAUCCUUUGAUACCUGAAAUUCUCGAGCACGCAGCUCCGGAAGCGUUGGAUCAAUUAAACGAAAGCAGAAGACAGGUGGAACGACAGGAAGCUUUGCUGACGCUGUAUCCUCAAAUCGACAAUGAGGAACCAAUUGAAAGGCGAUUGCCUGCAGCUUCGCCUAUCGAGCAUUUAGGCCAUAGGAUUUUAAUAAAAUGUCUGCAAUUAACAUUGGAUAUAGAAGUUGAACCUCUGUUCGCUUCCAUGGCUUUAUAUGAUGCGAAAGAGAAGAAAAAAGUUUCUGAAACUUUUUAUUUCGAUUUGAAUCCGGAGGGAUUGAAACGGAUGCUCGGUGGACAUAUCCCGUACAGCGAUACAAGCACCAUGGCCAGAGGUUGCAUCAUCGACAUUACCCAACCGUCGGCGGAUCUGUUCAUAGUGGUGCGCUUGGAGAAAGUUCUGCAAGGCGAUUUGAAUGAAUGCAUCGAACCGUACAUGAAAGAUGAUAAAAAUCGAGAUAGGACCAAGGCUACGGCGGUGGCCGUGUGCGAACGCCUGGGGAAAUACAGACAGGCUUUCGCUUGGACGGCAAUUUACUUGAUGAACGUGAUCAAUGGAUGCAGCACUACGGAUCGAGAACAUGAAAGGGAGUAUGCGGGUUCCACGUCGAACACGAACAGCUUGGAUCGAAAGUCUUCGAGCGGAGGUUUGGAGCAGCUGAGGAGAAGAGCCCAGGAUAUGGGAACACUGACGAGACGCGGAUCUCUGGAGAGGCGCGAGAAGAGGAGGUCCUGGUCUCCAGAUCAUUUGGCCAAUACGUUGGACAGCUUCAAACCUAUAACGCUGACGUUUUCCACGUUUUUCAAGCAAGAGGGAGAGAAGUUGCGCGACGAGGAUCUGUACAAAUUUCUGUUGGAGCUGAAACGACCCAACCUGAACAUCAAGAAGCUGAAGUGCAUUCCGGCCACCUUGAAGCUGGACAUUUCGCCGUGUCCUCACGAGAUUAAAAAUUGCCUGACCACGGAUUUGGCCAAGAUAUAUCCGCAUGUGGAUGAGAAGACCAGACCGAUCAAGGAGUUGCUCGAGUUUCCGGUGAAGAAACUGCUGAUACCGCAUUACACGUACAGGAAUCUGCUGUUCAUAAGCCCCAAAGAGUUGAACUUUUCCAACAGGACCGGAUCUGCUAGGAAUUUGGCGGUGAGAGUUCAGCUAAUGGCUGGGGAAGGAGAACAGCACGCCCUUAACAACAUCUUCGGAAAGUCUAGUUGCCCGGAGAUGGCAAACGAAGCGUACACCGCAGUCACAUAUCACAGUAAAACGCCACUGUUCUAUGACGAAAUUAAGAUCAAAUUACCAGGAGAUAUCGCUAACAAUCAUCAUCUGUUGUUCACGUUCUACCACAUAUCGUGCCAGAAGAAGAUGGAGCAAGUUUCUGUGGACACCCCUGUCGGAUAUACGUGGUUACCUUUGAUGCGUGAUCGUAAGCUGGUUAAUGGCGAGUUCUGCCUUCCGGUGAUGCUAGAUCCUCCUCCUGUGAACUACAGUUAUAUCCCAGCAGAUGUCUGCCUUCCCGGAACGAAAUGGCUUGACAACCAUAAGGGUCUCUUCACGGUAAGUAUUGAUGCCCAAUCGUCGGUGCACACGCACGAUCAAUCCAUCGAGAGAUUCUUGUACGCCUACAACUGCGGCAUGACCGGUACCAUCCCAGUCAGAUACGGUGAAGCUGGAUUCGAAGAAGAAUUAAGACACUCCAUUACUGGUUUGGCUGGAGCCAGGCCUGAAUCGAUCAUACAAAAUCUCCCGGUGAUCUUCGACAGUAUUAUUCAAUUGAUCAUGCAACCUCCGAGAAUCUCCGGAGUGGACCUCUUGAAAAUCGAGAACGUGUCAUUCGAAGCGCUGUGUUUAUUGCUAGAAAAUAUAUCGAAUUUGGAGGAUUUGCAAACGGAUCAGCAUGGGAGAAACGGAUUCCUUUCCACAUACAUCCAAUUCCAAUGCAACAUUCCUCAUCCGCUCUACGCGAGUAACGAAAGUUCUCCAGUUUACGAGCGAGGAGCACCUUUGGCACGUAGCAAUUCAAAUCCGGAUAUUGAGGUAGCCUACAUGUCACCAAGGAACCUGGACAGAGUUGCGAGUAUGAGGGGUGCGAACGUCGAGGUCACCGCCAACAUAAACUCGUGCAUCCUGCAUCAGAAAUUGGCUUUGCAGUGGGUGGUAUCCACUGGUAGACCCAAAGACUUGAGCAUGGAGAACGCUUGGUUCCUCUUCGAUUUGAUCAACAAGAGCAUGGUCGAACACCUAGCCAGGACCGGGAAUUUGGAGACUCCUCGUCGCUUGCGCUUCAACGAGCAUUUCCUUGAUGAUAUUACCACGAUCGUGAAGAGCGUCACCACCGAGAUUAUCGCACAUUCUACCGGAGAGGUAUCGCGCGCUCAUAAGAUCAACUCUGCUUUGGCGUUCUUCCUCUUUGAUCUGUUUUCCAUCGCAGAUCGUGGAUACGUUAUGCAACUGCUGCGUUCAUACAUGAAACAGGUGCAGACGAAGAUAUCGUUGAUUCCCGAUCCAUCCGCGCUCUUCGAGUUGAAGCUGCAGUUAGUGCGGAUCGUCUGCAGCCACGAACACUACGUCCCUUUGAAUUUACCAUUUGCCACGCCGUUCAUGAGCUCCGGUGCUAGCGUAUCUCCGAGUCCCAGUGUUUCCAGUUCAACCAGUCAGAAUUCCUUCUUAUCCGGACCACCUGCCAGCCAAGAGCGUGCAAGUACAUUUGCCGAGUUAUCUUCGGAGUACAGGCAACACCAUUAUUUAACAGGAUUGGUCUUGUCCGAUUUGGCCUCUGUGCUUAUAGAAAUGCAGAGCAACACUCUUCAUUCCAAAGCGGUGGACACCGUUCGCUCUUUAUUAUCGUGGCACGAUAGCGAUCCGAGAUAUGCUUCUCCUAACGCCAGAAGACGAGUGGCUGCUUUGUAUUUACCAUUGCUCUCAGUCGCAAUGGACGUACUUCCGUAUCUAUACCACUUCAGCAGCGACGAUUCUCAAAGCACUUCGAACAUCAACCAAACCGUGGCUCUGGCUAUUGCUGGUGGCAUCCCGAAUUCUGACAAUCUGAUUUCCAGCAGAAAAGGAGCGAUUUCCUCGGAUGUCACUAGAAAUCUUCUGCUCUGCGUUCUGUGGGUGUUGAAGAACGUUGAAUCCGAUUCCAUCUCUCAUUGGUUGGGUGAGCUUUCGUCCACGCGUAUGGCGACUCUGCUGCAUCUCCUGGACGCCUGCACCAGCUGCUUCGAAUACAAGACGAGGAGACGUGCACCUGCUCAUUGCGGAUACGCCCAUGCCCAGGUGACGCAAGACGUGAAGUCUCGAUUGGAAGACAUGAUUUUGGGGCAAGGUUCUGCCAGAGAGAUGAUGCAAAGGAGGAAGGGUCAAAGCACCGAGAAGUUGCGCUGGAGGAAGGAGCAAAUGGCGUACAGGCCGAUGGAGAGUUCGGAAAAACCUCGAGAUGAGAUGAAUUUUGAUACGCAUUUGGAAGGACACUUGGCCACCGAAGCUUCUUUCAUUAUUCUGGAUACUUUGGAGCGGUGCGUGAAUACAGUUGCUCAAUGGGACAAUCAACAAACUCUGAUAGGCUUAGCAUUAACUGUUCUCUUGCACGCUUUGGGUAAAAAUCAGAGCACCACUGUUCUUCCGCACAUGUUCGCAUCCCAACGAAGCUUAGUUUUCAAAUUCCAUAGUGCUCUCUUCGACGAGGAAAGCGAUCACUGCGCUGAUUUGUGUUUGCUACUACUGAAACAUUGCGGAUCAUUAAUAGCUUCAGUUCGAUCGCAAGCUGCUGCUUCUCUGUAUCUCCUGAUGAGACAAACGUUUCAAAUUGGAAACAAUUUUGCUCGCAUCAAGAUGCAAGUCACGAUGUCUCUCAGUUCUCUAGUCGGAACAUCGUCUUCGUUCAGCGACGAUUCCUUGAGGAGAUCGCUAAAGACUAUUCUCGAAUACGGAGAAAGAGAUGCUGAACUUCAGGAGACUACAUUCCCCGAGCAAGUCCGAGACCUAGUAUUCAAUCUGCACAUGAUUCUUUCGGACACGGUAAAGAUGAAAGAGUUCCAGGAAGAUCCGGAGAUGCUUUUGGAUCUUAUGUACAGAAUUGCCAAGGGCUACCAGAAUUCACCCGAUCUGCGUCUGACGUGGCUGGCGAAUAUGGCCCAGAAGCAUAUGGAAAGAGGAAACUACUGCGAGGCUGGAAUGUGUUUGGUGCACUCUGCAGCUUUGGUUGCAGAAUACUUGGCAAUGUUGGAGCCUUUACCGCAUUUACCAGCGGGAGCCGCAGCGUUGGAAAAGGUGUCACCGAAUGUACUAGAGGAGAGCGCAGUUUCCGACGACGUUCUAAGUCCUGAUCGCGAAGGCGGCUGCCUUGGUUUUUCAGAAGGUGGACUAUUGGGACUGCUCGAACACGCUGCAAAUAACCUUCACUCCGCAGCCAUGUACGAACCCAUGAACGACAUCUACAGAGUCCUGAUUCCCAUCGCCGAGAACAACAACGAUUUUAAGAAGCUUUCCAAUAUCCAUGGGAAACUUCAAGAUGCUUACACGCGCAUCGAGCAGCUGCAUGGGAAGAGAGUAUUUGGAACGUACUUCCGUGUCGGUUUCUACGGUUCCAAGUUCGGCGAUUUGGAUAGAGAAGAGUUCGUGUACAAGGAACCGACCUUGACUAAACUGCCGGAGAUCUUCAGCAGGUUGGAGAACUUUUACGCGGUGCGAUUCGGCGCCGAGAACGUGAUCAUCAUCAAGGAUUCUAAUUCCGUGGACGAGUCUUUGUUGGACCCGGAUAAGGCCUACAUCCAGAUCACCUACGUCGAGCCGUACUUCGAGACUUACGAGCUUCGCUCCAGGCAGACGCAUUUCGACAAGAACUACAACAUCAAGAGAUUCAUUUAUGCUACUCCGUUCACUCCUGCAGGUAGAGCGCAUGGUGAACUGUACGAGCAAUACAAGAGGAAGACAAUCCUAACUACGGCCGUGCACUUCCCGUACGUGAAGACCAGGAUCAAGGUGGUGCACCGAGUACAGAUCACUCUAACUCCCAUCGAGGUGGCCAUCGAGGACAUCCAAAAGAAAACCAAAGAGUUGGCGACCUCCACGCAGCAGGAGCCGCCAGAUCCGAAGAUUUUGCAGAUGGUUCUGCAAGGAUGCAUAGGGACCACAGUGAAUCAAGGACCUCUGGAGAUGGCUCUCACCUUUUUAUUAUCAGAUGGUAAACCGUUGACCAAACACCAGAACAAACUGAGGCUUUGCUUUAAAGACUUUUCCAAAAAGUGUCAUGACGCCCUUAAGAAGAACAAAAAUUUAAUUGCGUCCGAUCAAAAAGAGUACCAGAAAGAGUUGGACAGGAAUUACAAGCGUUUCACGGAGAGACUGCAGCCCCUGGUCAAUCCGCAAAACUUGACGGUUAUGCAUAUUAGUCCACAUAAGAAUCGAGGCCAGGAAACUGCAUUACGCUGGUAAAGUUCUUAGCAAUAUAUACGUAGACUGCAAAGGAACACGAGUAGAGUUUACAAGGAAGAGGAUUAUAUUUAUAUAUAUAUACACAUCUUUUUAUAGAGGCUGCAACCAUUAUUUAUUUUAAGUAUUAAUCGAGUAUUUAUGAAUAUCUACAUAUUUAAAGGAAUUUUAUGUAUAUGCCGUUUAUUUUUUAUACUAGAU